CACCAACUAGCAACAACACCGGUUCAUAUGAAGCCAAGGUAGAAAGAAAUUGUUAGAGUGUUGAAGAAGGCAAUCCGAGUCAAGGCCCGCAUAUAAUUCAUAACCCCGCACCCCUCGACGUCCACCUAGAGAAAACCAGUGGUGAUUUUGUUUCGCCAUUAGGUUGUUACCCCAAUCAACCUCCCCAAAAUAUACAUCACACCUCCCCAACAAUGGCAUCUUCAACCUUGCCGGUCCUGCGCCGGGCAUUGCUCUACGUCCCCGCCUCCUCCCCCAGGUUCCUCGCCAAGUCCCUCCAAGUCAAAUCCGACAAUGUGACCUACGACCUCGAGGACUCAGUAACCCCGGCCAUGAAGCCGGCCGCGCGCACCGCACUCCAGGAGCACCUCACCUCCCUCUCCAAGGCCGACACCACCAUCGGCGAGAUCGCCGUGCGCAUCAACGCCGUGUCGACGCCCCACGCGGUCGAGGACAUCCAAGCGAUCGCGGCGCUGCCCAGCCUGGACACGAUCGUGGUGCCGAAAGCCAACAGCGCGGCCGACCUGGCCCUGGUCGACGACAUCCUCCGGCAGGCGGCGCCCGACCGGGGCGAGGGCAGCGAGCGGCCGAUCAAGAUCCUGGCGCUGAUCGAGUCGGCGCGGGCGGUCAUGGACCUGCGGGAGAUCUGCGGGGCGACGGGCCGGCUGCGGGGGCUCAUCUUCGCGGCCGAGGACUUCGCGCUCGACCUGGGGCUGCAGCGGACGGCGCGGAUGGCCGAGAUGGCGUACGCGCGCAGCGCCGUGGUGACGGCGGCGAGGGCGUUCGGGCUCGAGAGCGUCAUCGACGCCGUCUGCACCGACCUCCGCGGCGCCAAGGCCACGGCGCAGAUUAGAAGGGAGGGCGCGCUCGGGCGGGCGUUUGGGUUCAAUGGGAAGCAGUGUAUCCACCCAGAGCAAGUACCAAUCGUGCAGCGUCUGUUCACGCCACCGCCGAAACACGUCAAACAUGCGGCCCGUAUCGUCGUCGCGGAUGAGAAGGCUUCGGCGGCCGGACGGGGUGCCUUCACAGUAGACGGGCAGAUGAUUGACGCCCCCGAGGUUGGGAAAGCCCAUGCAACACUCGCCAGGGCAAAACAGUGUGGGUUUGACGUUGACGCUUUCAAAGAAGAGUACAAGGAUCAAGACUUGGAGUAAUCUGGAGCUGGCUUUAUGUUUAUGUCUCGAGGGGCUCGAACUGCCCAUAAAUCCGGGUUCCUCACCGGCAUAACGUGCAUGUAUACUACCUAAACUGAAACAUGUUUCCACGUUGCCAAACCGU